GUCGUUGGUGUUUUUCUCCCUUCGGCGUCUGAGCGGAGCGGAGCGGCUGCUGCAGUGCCUGCCUGGCCAUGGCUACGAAUCCAGACUUGCGCAAGGAGCGGGAGGCGGCCUCUUUCGACACGGAGCUUCUGACCAACAUCUUGGACGGCAGCGCCGACCGGACCCGGCGCCGCAGGGAGAUCGAGGCCCUGGUUUUAAAUGACCCAGACUUCAAGCAUGAGGAUGUUAAUUUCCUUUCCCGCAGUGAGCGCUAUGCACUAGCCAUCAAGAAGAGUGCACACAUGGUGAUGAAGCUCCGAGAAUAUGGGAUUGCAGAUCCAGAUGAGAUUUACUGGUUUAAAAGAAUGUGCAUGGGCACUUACAGUGCACCCUUUGAUCUGCACUACAGCAUGUUUACACCCACUUUAGAGAACCAGUGCACUGUUGCCCAGCGAGAGAAAUGGCUGCCUCUGGCCCGUGGAUUCCAGAUAAUUGGCACCUACGCUCAGACGGAAAUGGGGCACGGAACUCACCUCCGAGGCUUGGAAACCACAGCCACCUAUGACCCUGCUACUCAGGAAUUCAUCCUUAACAGUCCCACUGUGACUUCUAUUAAGUGGUGGCCAGGUGGAUUGGGUAAAACGUCAAACCAUGCCAUUGUUUUGGCACAGCUUCAUACACAAGGCCAGAACCAUGGUUUACAUGCAUUCAUUGUGCCUAUACGCCAGUUGGGAACUCACGAGCCACUGCCAGGCAUUACUGUUGGUGACAUUGGGCCAAAAUUUGGUUAUGAUGAAAUGGAUAACGGCUAUUUGAAAAUGGACAAUUUCCGCAUCCCCCGGGAGAACAUGCUAAUGAAAUUUGCCAAGGUUGAGCCAGAUGGCACCUACGUGAAACCUCUCAGUGCCAAGCUGACCUAUGGCACCAUGGUAUUUAUCCGCUCAAUCAUUGUGGGUGAUGCUGCGCGUUCUUUAGCCAGAGCGUGUACCAUCGCCGUCCGCUACAGUGCAGUGAGACACCAGUCUGAAUUGAAACCAGGGGAGCCAGAGCCCCAGAUCUUGGAGUAUCAGACUCAGCAGUACAAACUGUUUCCUCUUCUGGCAGCAGCAUAUGCAUUCCACUUUGUGGGAGCCUACAUGAAAGACACCUAUCGUCGCAUCACUGCAGACAUCAGUGAUGGAGACCUGAGAGAAAUGCCAGAGCUUCAUGCAUUGUCCGCAGGACUAAAGGCUUUCAGUUCCUGGGUUGCCAACGCUGGCAUUGAGGAAUGUCGGAUGGCAUGUGGUGGGCAUGGCUAUUCCCGGUGUAGCGGCCUACCUGACAUUUAUGUGAAUUUCACACCCUCUUGCACCUAUGAAGGAGAGAACACGGUCAUGAUGUUGCAGACGGCACGGUUUCUGAUCAAAAGCUAUACACAAGUUAGUUCUGGACAAUUAGUGAGCGGGAUGGUGUCCUAUCUGAAUGACCUACCAGGGCAACGCAUUCAGCCACAGCAGGUGGCUGCUCGGCCUGCAGUGCAUAUCAAUAACCCAGCCAGUUUGGUGGAAGCCUAUAAACUGAGAGCGUCUAGGUUGGUCGAAUUCGCAGCAAAGAAUCUGCAAGCUGAGCAAAACCGCAGGAGGAGCAAGGAGGAUGCUUGGAACCGUACUUCCGUUGACCUAGUACGAGCAUCUGAGGCACAUUGCCACUAUGUGGUGGUCAAGCUGUUUACUGCAAAGAUUUCAGAAGUCGGUGAUCCAGCCACCCGUGCUGUUAUUAACAACCUGUGCCUUCUCUAUGCGCUUCACGGGAUCAGUAAGCACAGUGGAGACUUCCUGCAGGGAGGCAUUUUGACGGAUGCACAGAUAACUCAGGUGAACCAGCGGGUGAAGGAGCUCUUGGCAUUAAUCCGUCCUAAUGCAGUGGCUCUUGUGGAUUCCUUUGACUUCAAUGAUUUGUUUCUUGGAUCUGUUCUUGGCCGAUAUGAUGGUAACGUCUAUGAAAACCUGUUUGAAUGGUCAAAGAAAUCACCAUUAAAUAAAACACAGGUCCACAAAUCUUUCCACGAGCACCUGAAGCCCAUGCAAGCCAAACUGUGAAGACGUUUACAGCUGCUGCUUGUAUAGUCCUCCAGUUCCCCAGAAUUGAUGUCAUCUGCCCUAUCUGCGCUUGAAUCACUUGGCAAAUCUAAAUUGUCAUAGGGUAGCCAGUAAUCAUAACCUUUCUUCCUGAAUUUUUAAAGAAAUAUGGAGGGGAUUAGAACAAGGGGACACAAAAUGAUAUAAAGUGCAAUUUUAAUUAUGUUCAAAAAUUAACCUUUUCAAUCAUUCAAGAAAAGCUUUACAAGUUGGUGUAAAGCAUCAAUUUUGUGAAGCACUUUAACUGCUGAGGAACGCUGUGUCAUCUAGCAGGAUUUUUACUACUAAGUAGUUGUAUUCAGGAAACAGUUGCUGGGGAGCAGCUGCUUGUCAUCUGAAAAUAUGAGCACCUUGUCACCGUUGUACUUAAUCUAGACAAGAGUUGCCAGAAUCCUCCAGCAAUCUUGUUCUACUUAGUGAUAUUUGCACAGCCUGAACAGGAGUUUAAAAGAUCUGGGCAUUCUCACAGUUUCCUUCAUUGUCCAAGGAAUGGACUUCUAACAUCAUUGGUACAGGGAGAUAAAAUUCACCUUCUUGUAUGGCACUGCUCUGCUGGAUAAGCCACCAGGAGUUCACAUCCUUCUUUAUCUAAAGAUCUAACUCUGCUGUAGUAUGAAAGCACAUCCUAUCUCCAGCAGCAGCUGCUGCUUGUCUAGAAUGGCUGCCCCCUUUCUCUGGCUUCUGGUAACACGGGAGGGAGAAAUGGUAAAGGAUUCCCGCUUUCAAAUCAGGAGAAUAAGGGGAGUGUGUUCACCUUCGUAAUUAUUUCGAUUUGCAUUAUUUCAGAUCGUUAAAGUUGUUAUCAUGGAGUGGAGAAAGUCUUUUUUUUUUUCCAUUUUGACCUGGAAAGCAGAGAAGAAAAUCUUUUUGAAGUACUUUACAUUAUUUUAGAAAUGAAUUUAUUUACACUACUGUGCCCUGGAAUGAUAUAAUAGCUAGAAUAGAUGCGAAAAGGGACUGCUGUCCGUUUCGACUGUAAAGCCAAAGCGUGUAUGUAGACUGGCAUAGGAGGAGGAGGCUGGUGCUUCAGUAUGCCACAAACAGAGCAGGUAGACCACGGUAAGGUUCCUGUAGAGACUAAUCUUUUGCUAGGUUCAGGUUUUAGCACUGCACAGGACUUCAUUCUCUGAAAUCCAUAACACAAAAAAUUGCUGCUAAAUGGAUAGAUUUGCAUAACAAAUCAAGUUUUAAAGAUAACCUGCAGAAGAUAACCAGUUGAACUUGGAGCUCCCUUCAGUUACAUGGAAUUGUAAUCAAAGAACCUGAACAAAGAUUCUGGAACUGGACUCUUGGACCUGUUUUAUAUCUCCAUUAAAGAUAUAAACAUGCUGCUUGAGCUGUUUUUAUAUAAUCGUCAAGCCGGGGAAGCGGCAUGUGUUUUAAAACUGAACUGGACUUUGAUUAUAAAGUCAUUUUAUUAACUUUCCAGCUGCUCAAGCAUUUGAACCUAUGAAGCUGCCUUCUACUGAAUCAGACCUUUGGUCCAUCAAAGUCAGUCUUGUCUACUCAGACUGGCAGCGGCUCUCCAGGGGUCUCAAGCUGAGGUUUUUCAUGCCUAUUUGCCUGGACCCUUUUUUGGAGAUGCCAGGGAUUGAACCUGGGACCUUCUGCUUCCCAAGCAGAUGCUCUACCACUGAGCCACCGUCCCUCCCCUAAUUUCAUCAAACAUUAAUGUACUGUUGACAUAUUCAUUCUGGACUUCUGUAUACUUCAGUGGAAUGCUGAUAAACUGUGCAGUUGAAGACUGUUUAAGAUAAUUGUAGAACAUGCGUAAAUCUUAAUAAAGAAACUCACUUUCAAAAAGUGUAAAAAAA